AUGAGGGUUCUGUACAGCUUGGUUUCUUCUCUUCUGCUUUCAGGCACAGCAAUUGUGUCCGCAGCCUCCUCUUGGAGCUUUGAGGAUGCCACGGUGUCAAUUUCGAGUAAAGGUGCUGGUGUAGGCGGAGGUUCUAAGGAUAAACUCAGCCCUUCUACACCGCUAGGCAAAUCAGCAUCUUUAGGCGCAACCGACACACUGAAGCUACUUUUGACGACUGUCGAUGGCAAGACGGCCAAGCGGCCGCAUCAGGCUUUCCUCACUCUGACCGACCCAACUACUGGCUUGGAAGAGUCCUUUGUGCUAAACGUAAAGGAGAGCGGCAAAGGAAAGGUCGAUCUGUCCCAUAAGGACCUACCCCACCAAUUCCUCACCUCCGCGAAGCCAAUUACCGCUUCCAUCGUCAUUGGAUCUUUCGGUUCUUCCACACCAUACAAAAGCAAAGUCUUCAAUCUCCAAGUCGCCCGUGACCCCAACGUCCCUCUUACCAUCCCCGAGCCAGCUCUCCGUUACGCCGCCGAAUCCGAGAUCCACCAUAUCUUCCGUUCCGACCCACAGUCGCCUCCCAAGCUCAUAACGCUCGUAUUUGCUGCUGCAGUUGCUGCAGCACUCCCGGUGCUGUUCGUUGUAUGGGCUAGCUUGGGCGCAAAUGCUAGCCAUCUGAGCAAGGCUUUGGGCGAUGCACCUGUGUCGCAUGCACUCUUCUAUGGUUCCAUUCUAGCUAUGGAGGGCGUAUUCUUCCUGUACUAUACCAGCUGGAAUCUCUUCCAGACUCUGCCGGCGGCUGCAGUUGUAGGAGUUGUUGCGUUCCUGAGUGGAAGCAGAGCGCUUUCUGAGGUCCAAGAGCGCCGUUUGGCUGGGCUGAGAUGA